AUGAAUGUCUCGGUGGCAACCAAUACAGACAGCAACAGUAACAUCCUUCGCCUGGCGGAAUCAUUACGAUCUCGAAGUUCAUUGCAAGUUGUUCUGGAAUCUUUGAUCUACGGUUCUGUAAUUGUAUCUGGCUUUGUUGGAAAUCUUCUAGUCCUUUACAUUGUCUACAAAUCGGCGAGGCUCCGAAAUGUACCAGGACUAUUUAUUGCUUCACUUGCCCUUUCAGAUAUCGCCAUCAUUGCCCUUGCGACUCCACCAUCUCUGUUAUCACUUAUCAAAGGGAAUUGGGUCUCCACCUUUGCAGCCUGUCAAUUUCAAGGUUUUAUUGUCAUAGUAACAGUAGCUGCCUCUUUGCAGACCAUGGCUCUUAUGUCCGUCGAUCGAUACUUCCGCGUCGUUCAUCCGACAAAACAUCGACUUUUCUUUACCAUGCCACGCGCACGGCUCAUGGCCGCGUCAGUCUGGAUCUUGGCAUUGGCGUACCCAGUCCCUUAUCUUGCCACUGACAAAAUGUUUGUUUUUCAUCCUGGAAAAUUUUUCUGUUUUUUCGUAGAAGAGGAGUCUUUGGCAGCUGACACUAUUUACGUCUGCAUUUUUUACUCCAUUGCCGUUCUCACUUAUUGCUACAUUAACGUUUACAGACAUCUGAGACUGAACGCAAAGCGCGUUCAAGGUUGGCGCACGAAUGAAGUGAAGCCCUCAACCUUGAACGAAAAACGCGUCCAAGGACGGUUCACGCAAGAAAUCAAGACCUCAGCCGAAGAUGUCAAAUUGACACGAACGUUAUUUGCCACUGUCCUUGGAUAUCUGAUUUGCUGGACUCCUGUUCUCAUAAUCGAUUUUGUGGAAAAGGGUGUUGGGGAAUGGUUCCUUCCACGUUGGGUCUACGUCAUGUACAAUGAUUUUGGACUUUCGAGUUCUUCUCUAAACCCCAUUAUAUAUGGGGCCCUAAACCGAACAUUUCGACGAGAAUACAAAAAGAUUCUCUGCUUCAGGAAGUCCUCGCUUAAUCAAGAUCAAAGCAACACUGAACAAACACCGAUGGAAAGAAAAAAGUUCUUACAACAGAAAUAA